CCACAAACAGAAGGGAGGCACAAGAUAGGAAAAAAGCAGAUCUAGCUUGCUUCUAAAAAAGGCUGAAAACUAUCUGUCUGUGGCCUUGUGUCUCAAGUCUCACAUAUUUUUCUUUCUCUUUUGGUGGUUUGCAAAUCUGAAGUGGAAUUUUAUUAUGGGUUACUUGGAUGAUCCUUUUCAAGUCCCUAGCCCCCAAGGCCUCUGCUCACUAGAUAGCAUGCCACAGCGGCUCUUCACGCUAUGGGAAAAGUGAGUGAACCCAAAAUAAAGCAGCCAUAUCUUUUGGCUCCUCUGCAGUCCCCACCGUGUUUCCACAACUCCGAGCCAGAGACCAGCAACGCUGUCCUGAGAACAACAAAACCGUGAUGAAGGCAACAGGAGUCAGAACGCUAUUCACGGCAGGAAGCCCCAGCAUCCGGUGAGAAAUAAGAAGUACUAGAGCACAGGAUGCGCCCUGGGUCAGGGGGACGUGAAAAGCCUGGAGUCUGUAACCUUCGCUGCGCCAGAGCUGUGGUGGUUUGACAGCAGAGACACAGCCCUCAGCUCCCCUCGGAGCCCAGCCGGGUGCCACGCUCCAAGAUUCAGUGGUGGCUGCUGUCCUUGUGGGGGAAUCUAGCCUCUCCCAGGAGACUCGGCAGAAUGGCCACCUCAACAGGUUUGUUGCUGCUGCUGCUUCUGGGCCAGUCCUGGGCAGGGGCUGCCGCUGAUUCAGAGGCUGUCGUGUGUGAGGGGACUGCCUGCUAUACUGCCCACUGGGGAAAGCUGAACGCCGGUGAAGCCCAAAACCGCUGCAAGGAGAAUGGAGGCAAUCUAGCCACAGUGAAGAGCGAGGAGGAGGCCCGGCAUGUCCAGCAAGCUCUGGCUCAGCUCUUGAAGACCAAGCCAACCUUGGAAGCCAAGAUGGGCAAAUUCUGGAUCGGGCUCCAGCGAGAAAAGGGCAAGUGUACGUACCACGAUUUGCCAAUGAAGGGCUUCAGUUGGGUGAGUGGUGGAGAGGACACAGCUUAUACAAACUGGUACAAAGAGAGCAAGAAAUCCUGCACCUCUAUGCGCUGUGUGUCCCUGAUACUGGACCUGUCCUUGACACCUCACCCCAGCCAUCUCCCCAAAUGGUAUGAGAGCCUCUGUGGGACUCCUGAGAGUCCAGCUAACACUGAUGGUUUCUUGUGCAAGUUCAACUUCAAAGGCAUGUGCAGUCCUCUCUCUCUGGGUGGUCCAGGCCAGGUGACCUAUACCACCCCUUUCCAGGCCACCACCUCCUCCCUGGAGGCUGUGCCUUUUGCCUCUGCAGCCAAUGUAGCCUGUGGGGAUGAGGCUGAGAGUAAGACCUACUACUUCCUGUGUAAGGAAAAGACUCAGACUCCGGGUGUAUUCCACUGGGGCAACUCAGGCCCCCUCUGUGUCAGCCCCGAGUUUGGCUGCAAUUUCAACAAUGGGGGCUGCCAGCAGGAAUGCUUUGAAGGUGGGAAUGGAUCCUUCCGCUGUGGCUGCCGGCCUGGAUUCCGACUGGAGGAUGACCUAGUAACUUGUGCUUCUCGGAACUCCUGUAGCUCCGACUCAUGCACAGGAGGGGGCUCAUGCCAUCCUGUACCCCUCAGCGAAAACUACACAUGCCAGUGUCCCAGUGGCUACCAGCUGGACUCUAGCCAAGUGCACUGUGUGGAUAUUGAUGAGUGUCAGUACUCCCCCUGUGCCCAGGAAUGUAUCAACAUUCCCGGGGCCUUCCAAUGUGAAUGUUGGGUGGGCUACCAACCCAGUGACCCCAAAGGGGAGACCUGUGAGGAUGUGGAUGAAUGUGCCGCUGCCCCCUCACCCUGUGCCCAUCACUGCCAUAACACUGAUGGUUCAUUCUACUGCUCCUGUAAAGCUGGCUAUACCAUGUCUGGGGAAGACAGUACCCAAUGUCAGGAUAUAGAUGAGUGUUCGGACUCCAUGAACAAUCCGUGUGACACCCUGUGCGUCAACUUGGAGGGUUCCUUCAAAUGUGUCUGCCCACCAGGCUGGGAGCUGGCUCCUAAUGGGGUCUCUUGUAUCAAGGACACUGUGUCUUUAGAACCAUCAACUUGGCCUCCCCAAAAGGAAGGUGAAGGUGACAUAAAGGGGAGUACUGUGCCUCCUUCUGAAAUGCCCAGUUCUUCCAGAGGCUCUGAGGAUGUCUCCAAGGGAGGACACACCACAGGGCAUCCUUCCUUCCCAUCAGAUCCCCCCACUACCUCUGCUCCACAAGAAAUAUCAGUCACCAGUGAGGAAUCUGAUGUCUGGAGGGAGUUGGGUACCUACCUCCCCAUGACCACUGGCCACAGCAAGCCCACACAUGAAGAUUCGGUGUCGGCCCACAGUGACAGCGACACCGAUGGGCAGAAGCUGCUUCUGUUCUACAUCUUGGGCACUGUGGUGGCCAUCUCACUCUUGCUGGCCCUGGCCUUAGGGCUUCUCAUUUAUCGUAAACGGAGAGCCAAGAAGGAGGAGAUAAAAAAGAAGAAGCCCCAGAAUGCAGCUGACAGCUAUUCUUGGGUUCCAGAGCGAGCUGAGAGCCGAGCCCUGGAGAACCAAUACAGCCCAACACCCGGGACAGACUGCUGAAGACAAGGUGGCCAUAGAAACACCGGCAGCUGCCACUGCUGUCAGAGCUUUCACCUGCCGGAUGAUGGUGAGACCCACAUCAUUCUGAAAGACUGGACUGAACUCUCAGCAAAGAGUGUGCACCUUCCCCUUAAGAGCCUGGUGACUUGGGAUGGGCAGGUAUUUCCCAGCUGCCUUUACUAUGCCUGGGCGUGAAUUUGUCGUUGUGGGAAGUUUUGAGGCUAUUGACAAGCCUCAUUCACAUACUCUUUUCAAAUCCAUAAUCGAAUGAUUUAAUGUGUUCCUCUGUUUCCUGAUCAGGGCAUGAGAACAGGGGUGGGGGAGUGGGGGGGGUGGGAGGGCUUCAAAGAUUUUUCUUUAUCUCUUCAUUCAUCAGAGAAGAAAAGGAGCUACUGGUGCUAAUUGGGAUGGGAAUAAUUCCUUUCCUUCAUAGAGAAUAAGAUCUCUUCAUUAUUUAACUUCGUGAGAAUAAGGCUCUACCCUUCCUAUGGGGACUUUUUCAGGAUGGCUGCCUUUGUGUACAUUUGCCUUCUGGCAUUUCCCCUCAACCCCCCUCAGUAUUGUUGAAACUGUCAGAAUGAGAGGAAGUUCAACCAACUGCUUAAGGAGCAAGCGGGCAGGAUGUUUAGACAUCCUACCCCCUCAUUCUUAGCUUUCUGAUGGUCUUGGGCUUAUGGGCAAGUAGAGCUGGGAGCUGGAAAGUUGCUUCAAGUGAGUGGGAGGUUUUGGUAAUAGCAGAAUCCCGGGGAGGGGAGGGGAGUGACAGGGAUUGAAUUAACAGAUAUAUGAACUAAAUUAUCUGAAUGGACUGAUGUUAACACACGCUUGACUACUGAGAAAUGAUAACAAAACCCCAAGAACAAUUUGUCUUGGAGCCAGCACAGGCCCCAACUCUACUGCAGGGCACCCAGUCUCCAUCCCUAACUAGGAAGCUGGCAUAGGGGGCUUUCAUUCUGACUGUAUGGAGAAGAUGUAUGAACCAGGUGACGGAUGGGCUCUGCAUUGAAUACUGUCAUUUAAUGUAGCUGAAGCCCAGUUCACAGUUAAGAGUACAUCUGGAGGACUUACGCACCGUUUUGUGGGUGUGACACACAUCAAAUCAAGGAUUAGUCACCCAGAAGGUUCUCUCUGUUUGCUUAAAAGAGGAGAUGCAGAGGAAAGGGAAAGGGGAAGAGAGAACAGCUAGGCUAUUUUCCAACCGUUAAAACUGCUUAGCGCCAUUUUGUGAAUGACAUGCUUAUUUCAAAGUGUACUUUUGCAAAAGUGUCCCUUAAACUUGCUGCUGGUGAUGGUGUUGCAGCUACACAGGUCUGUCUCAUGGAGGUUUGGCUUUUUUUUUCUCCCUCUAUUACUUAGAAAGCUGAGGCACGGAAAGUGUCUCCAUCAUGGGAAUCCCGAGGCUUUGUUCUCGGAUCAGGCUGCCCUUUCAUUUCCGGUUUUAAGUACAUCUAUCCCUCAAGUUGACAUCUGGAGAGUGAAGAUGAAUAAUGAACAGAUUCAAGGCCUGUGGAGUUAAGGAAAUAUCUUUAAAAAACACAACAAAACAACCCCCCCCCCAAAAAAAACCCACAAGUUGGAGGAAGAUGGGAGAAAGAUGGAGCUCUGUGCGGAGCUUGAAAUUUGUGCAUUUAAAAAUCAGCUCACCAUCUGGCUUUCAGUUGUAAUUUGGGUGUUUGGAACCUAAGGGAGAUCAAAGCUGUGUCUGAUUGGCAGGGAACUUCAUUGACCACAGGACCCCUGGCAAUAGUUGCCAAUAGGUUGGCAUCCAGUCCAUUACAGAGAGCAGCACCCACUGUCCAGGCGAUUUUACAUAGACGGCAGUAUCUGGACUUAAGGCUUGAGGUGAGGAGGUCAAACUGAGGGAGUCUAAAUUCUCUGUAGCCUUGCUUGGUCUACACUCAGGCUGCUGACCAGAACCACUUAGGGCGUAGACAUGAAACCCCAUCCCCAACACCCUCAGGGGCGCUGGUUCCCCUCUGUGGGACGUACAACAGGGAAGGUGGAUGAACACAUUUCCUCAAAGUGCGCUUUCCAUCUCAGCCCCUCCCAUGUGGGUAGGGCUCUCUCAUCCACUGACCUGCCAAAGCUUUGGGCCGAACCACGCCUCAUGUGUCAAGGCCAGUGGAGCUGUCUACCCUUCCUAAACCAGUGCUUUGUCCCCCCAUCUGUUCUUGUUGUCCUCGUGUUUGAGACUGGAAAAUUUUGGGUUAGAGCAUCUAAGAGGCCAAGCAGGAGAAAAAUGGACUUCCGUUGGCCAAAGGGAGCCAAGGUUGUUAGGCUAACAAAUCAGUGAGCAGAGACAGAACAGUCCCUUGCCUGUGAGGAUGCAGAGAAAAUGCUGCUUGGGUACAUACCUGGUAAAAAAACAAAAACAAAAACAAAAACAAAACAAAAAAAUUGUAUUUAGAACUAUCUCCUCCCACUCUUCUUUCCCAGAGAAUUCCAGAGAGUUUAAGGGGAAAGGAAUACCUUCGAGCCUUCAGUCCUCUCAUUCCUUAAUUUCAGGUGGCCAUCAUUCCUUUCUGUCUUUUAUGUGGUGCUGGUGACGGUAGCCUGCGCUGAAAGUAUGCUAGACAGGCGCUUUCCAGGAACUACCUUCCUAGGCCUUUGCAUUAGUGUUUAUUCAUCAUUAAAGACAGGUGAUGCACUACCCCCGCAGGCAGUAAUUUGAAGAGUUUAGAAAAUGAACUACUCAUAAAGAAAUGCCUCGGGAGGGACUCAGGAAUGCUACUUGUAAAGGAAAUCUGGCCCCAGGUAUCCCUGGUAUCUAGGUAGCCUGGCUUUGGUGUAAACCCAGAUGUAGCCAUCUUCUGGCUUGGAUGACCGGCUCAUCAACACCACCACUACCUCUGUCACCAACAUCAUGAUCACUUUAUAGCACUUUGCGUCCUCAUGGCAUUUCUCAGCAACAGUCACUGGAGGAAUCCCACCUGGCAGAAAGAAAGAAAGUAAUCCACUGCUUUCUUUCAGCCUCUGACCCAGGGACAAAGUAGCAAAGCUCUGGGAAUGUCUAGCCUGACACUUCCCCAGAACAGUGGAGAGUGUGGAAUGAAACGAACAUUUCUGUGUGUGGUUAUGUUCACGGUGCUGGGCACACUGAUUAGGAAAUGAAUUCUUUUGCUCCUCAUGAAGUUUUUAACCUCUUUGAGUUCCUAACCUUGAAUGCUUUUGUGGACUGUUCUCACCAACCAAACUUUCAAUAGGUGAAUGGGAUCAUCAGGGCUUUUUGUUCCAAUCCACUUUUCCCAUAAAUAUUUCUGGCAAAACCAAAGGAAUAGAGAUGA